ACCUUUUUUUCCCUUUCAAAUAUCAGCAAUCUGAUAAUGGGAACACUUCAUCUCAAUUCUCAUGGUUUAGCUGCAUCCUUCUCAGUCUCACAUAAUUUCAACAGAAUUAACAGCAUUGCAUCUGAUAAAAUUGUCAAAGUCUCGAAUUCUCGUUGCUUUUCCAGAGGGCGAAUCAGAGCUGUUGGAACUAUACCUGAGAACCAGGCAGAGACUGCAACAACUUCAGAAGACCCGCCUUCGGUCAAGUUUGCAUUUGUCAGUUCUGUUCUGCUUCCUGAUGGAACACCAGACGUGCACUUUCGUACUGCUUGUGGAGGGCAGAAACUCAGGGAUAUAAUGUUGGAUACAAAUAUUGAAUUGUAUGGACCAUAUUCUAGACCACUUCUAAAUUGUGGAGGAGGGGGAACUUGUGCCACAUGCGUUGUCGAGGUUGUCGAUGGGAAAGAGAUACUAAGCCCUCGGACAGACAAGGAGAAGGAAAAACUCAAAAAGAAUCCGAAAAAUUGGAGACUUGCCUGUCAGACAACAGUCGGGACAUCUGAUUCAGACGGUGUGGUCGUCAUUCAACAGCUACCUGAGUGGAAAGGGCACGAAUGGACAUACGGCAAAGAAUUCCCUUCGGAAUCUUGAUUCUUCACCGUAUCUUAUUAUGUCUUCUUCCUUGCAAAAAAUCAUUUAUUUGUAGGUUUAAAUAUAUAAAUUAAUUAGUAAAAAAAUAAUUACUGUUAAGGCUUGAUGUCAGAGCUUACAUGAAGAACAGAUGGACCAUAAAUCUGCAUAACAAGGACCAAAUGUCAUUUUGAACAAAAUGCGGAACAAUUGUUCUCCCUCUUUUUAUAUAUAAAUUGUUCUCGCCUGGA